AUGACUGAAGCAUCAGCGGCAGAGGCCGCUGCAAAACGUCAUUCAUUACGAUCAACAUCAAGUUUUUGCGAUGAAGUUUUUCUCGAGGAACUCACCAAUAUGGGUCUGGGUCUGACGUCAAUGUACACAUCUGUAAGUGGCAGUAACUUUGGUUGCACGCCAAUCUCCGACAGUGAUGAUGCUCUCAGUUAUGGUGCUUUAAGUUUAGGUGCACUUAGUAGUAAUGCUGGUGGUGGUGUUGGCUCCUCAUCAUCGGCACACAAUAGUAUAACGAUGACAACAACAAAUCCAACAGCGGCUGUGAAUUCAAUUGUGGGAUUUGAUGAUGAUCUUUUUAAAUAUCAUUCCCGUUUAUCGAUGACCCUAACAUCCAUUGUUAAUGAACCCAAUUGCCUCAGCUAUUUUGUUCAAUAUUUGGAUAGGAAAAAUGCUUUGGCGUUUAUAAAAUUUUAUUUGGAUACGAAAAAUUUUAAAAAUGCUGCUUUGGCACAAUUGCGAAAGGAGCUCAAAAUGAAAAUGAUAGCACAACAAAUACCCGAAGAGGAUAUUACCGAUAACAGUCAUGUACCUGAAUUGAAAACUUUGUGUGAUUUAACAAUGCGCAAACCCCUAACCGAUGAUGAAAAAUCACAAAUCUAUGCUGAAACCAAUAAGCAUAUGCUAUUUAAAAACAUCAACCACAACCACCACGAUAGUCGACAUAAACUCAAAGCUUCCUCCGAAUUAUCCUUGUGCAGUUUGAUGAGUAAUUUAUCGGAAAUAAGUGAGAAUGCCAUUAUAUCUGUGGCCAGUGUCAAAGAUGCUUUAGCAAUUUAUAAGAAAUAUUUAAUACAAGAUGCCAAGCAACGUAUCGAUUUGCCAGUGGAUAUAUUAUCCAAAAUAUCUUUGAUUAUAUGUAAAAAGGAGGAGCCGAGGGGUGAUGAUGAAGCUGCAACUUCCAUAACCGCCGAUUGUUUUCUAGAGGCCCAGGAAUAUGUCUUCAAUAAAUUGGAAAAGGAAUAUCUCAAUGAUUAUUUGCAAAGUACCUACUAUGCAAAAUAUUGUGUCGAUCUCAUCGAACAGCAGUGUUUGAAUGUCAAUGAUAUACUACACAGUGAGGUAACCCUGUUCUAUUUUAUGGAAUAUCUGGAACAGCACAAGGAAAGAGAUUGUUUGGACUUUUGGUCAACAGCCAUUAACUAUCGCAAAAGUUAUCUCAGCCAUGAUGCGGGAUAUUUAAAUGAAAAAGAGGCUCAAUCCGAUGCCAUGAUAAUCUAUGAGAAAUUCUUCUCAUUGCAAAAUGAAACCAAACUAUGGUCUUCAAAUAAAUUGAGAGGUCAUGUUGAGGCUUCCAUUUGUACCGAUGGCAUGGUAUAUCACUGUUUCGAUUUACCGCUCAAAGUGGCGGCCAAAUAUUUGGAACGUAAAUAUUUAAAAUCAUUUCUCAAAUCUUCGCUAUUCUCCAAUUACUUGAAUGAACUGAAAUCAAAAAUUCAAGAUGACACUACAACAGAACCAAAGGAGGGUCUAUUGAAGAUUCCAUCUAAAAUUGCAUUGCGUAGAUGUGUCAGUGAUAAGACCUCAAAUCGGCAUCGUAAAACCUUAUCCGAUUGUACGUUAGAUAGCAAAAUAACAAUAUCUCAGCAUAACACCCUAUUGGCCUCAAUGGAUAAUCAUUAUCAUAGUAAUCAUCCAACUCCUCCGCAUACCCAUCAACAACAUGGCUUAUCCGCCUCUUCCUCAACAUCAAAUUUAAAACAAUUCCAAUUGAAUAUUGACUCAUCGCAGUUGACCAAUCCCGAUCUACUAUGGCAUCGUUCAAAUUGUAAUAAUUUAAAAUUUGGUCGUGUCAAUUCAUUGGGCCGUUAUGAACGAGAUUUUGAAUCACCCGCUGAUGCUUUGCAUAAAACACCGCAUAGUAGCCUCACAAGCAAUUGGCAUUUGCCAGCGCUUAGCGGUAAUCGUCUGAAGAAUGCUAUGCGUAAAUUGGUCAACUUACCGGAGGAUAAUGUACAAGAAGAAAUUGCCUGGCAAGUGGCUGAGAUGAUUGUCAAAGAUGUUACAAGUGUUACUAUGGGAACGUCAGCAGCAGCUGUUGCUGGCGAAGCUGUGAAUCAAACAAAUACGAAAUCAUCAAAUGUGGAUACGACAAAAAUGCACAAAGUAGUACAGUAA